AUGACUGCCGCCCAAAGAUUGCAGCAGUUGAACAACAUUUUGGCUCCCAACGCCACCAGCGCCAACCGCUCGUUAGUGCCUGACCAUCCGUUCAAGAUCGCCGUCAUCGGCUCAGGCAACUGGGGAACCACCAUCGCCAAAGUUUUGGCAGAAAACGCCUUGGCCAGACCUCACCUCUUCAAGCACUACGUGCACAUGUGGGUGUACGAAGAGAAGAUCGAAGGCCAGAAAUUGACCGAAAUCAUCAACACCAAGCACCAGAACGUCAAGUACUUGCCAGACGUCACGUUGCCAGAAAAUUUGGUGGCGGUUCCAGAUGUGGUGACAGCCGCUAAGGAUGCAGACUUGAUUGUGUUUAAUUUGCCCCACCAGUUCUUGGCCAAGAUCUGUGCCAACUUGAAGGGCCACUUGAAGCCACACGCCCGUGCCAUCUCGUGUUUGAAGGGCUUGGAAGUUACGCCCGAAGGUUGCAAAUUGUUGUCCACCUACAUCACCGAGACCUUGGGCGUGGCCUGCGGAGCGUUAUCAGGCGCCAACUUGGCAGGCGAGGUCGCCAGAGGCAAGUGGUCCGAGACCACCGUCGCCUACUCUAUUCCAGAUGACUAUCUUGGACGUGGUAAGGACAUCGACCGCGAGGUGUUGAAGGCUGCGUUUGCCAGACCCUACUUCCACGUCAACGUCAUCGAGGACGUGGCAGGUGUAUCUGUGGCAGGUGCGUUGAAGAACAUCGUGGCAUUGGCUGUCGGCUUCGUCGAGGGCCUCGGCUGGGGUGACAACGCCAAGAGUGCCAUCAUGCGUGUGGGCUUGUUGGAAACCAUCAAGUUCUCCACAACGUUCUUCCCCGAGUCGGACCAAGCCACCUUCACCGGCGAGUCUGCAGGUGUGGCUGACUUGAUCACCACCUGCUCAGGCGGAAGAAACGUCAAGGUCGGCAGAUACAUGGCCAAGACUGGAGCCUCAGCUGAAGAGGCCGAAAAGGAGUUGUUGAACGGCCAGUCCUCGCAGGGAAUCAUCACCGCCAAGGAAGUCCACGAGUUGUUGACCAACGUGGGCAGGGUGGACGAGUUCCCAUUGUUCGAAGCUACCUACCAGAUUAUCUACGGAUCGGAGUCCAUUGAUAACUUGCCUGCGUUGUUGGAGAGAAAGUAA